CAAAUUUAUAUUUUAUUUGUUAACAAAGAGAGCCACCCAACAGUCAGAAAUCACUGAAUUGCUAAACUCACUUAUUGUGUACUGAAUAGUUAAUAUCGCUAAAGCAGAGAUUAUACUUAUUUUUUAAUUUUUAAUUUCCAUAGUUUUUUGGGGAACAGGUGGUAUUUAGUUACAUAAGUUCUUUGGCGAUUUUUAAGAUUUUGGUGCACCCAUCACCCGAGCAGUAUACACUGAACCCAGUUUGUAGUCUUUUAUCCCUUACGCCCUUCUCACCCUUUCCCUGCAAGUCCCCAAAGUCCAUUGUAUCAUUCUUAUGCCUUUGCAUCCUCAUAGCUUAGGGACAUAUGAGAACAUAUGAUGUUUAGUUUUCCAUUCCUCAGUUGAAGUAGAAGUAUUAUGUCUAUUAUUAAUGAUCAUGACUUUUAUUAUCUAUUACCAUAUUAUAUUACCAUGGUACUCUUGAGAGUUCUCAUUACAGGCUUUUUUUUUUUUUUUUUUUUUUUUUUUUUUUGAGACUGAGUCUCACUCUGUCGACCAGGCUGGAGUGCAGUGGCACAAUCUCAGCUCACUGCAACCUCUGCCGCCAGAGUUCAAGCAAUUCUCCUGCCUUAGCCUCCCUAGUGGCUGGGAUUACAGGCAUGCACCACCACACCUAGCUAAUUUUUUGUAUUUUUAGUAGAGAUGGGGUUUCACCAUGUUGGCCAGGCUGGUCUCGAAUUCCUGACCUCAGGUGAUCCACCUGCCUCAGCCUCCCAAAGUGUUGGGAUUACAGGUGUGAGCCAUCGCACCCAGCUGGGGCUAUCUUUAGUAGCAGAUGGUAACUGAGCUGGGCAAUUGUUCUUUGACAUUUCCAGUUCUUAUCUGUUAACAUGGACAGUGAUUUAAAUAGGAAGCUGCAUGGACGGCCUCUCCCUAACUGCUGCUAUCUUGUAUCUCCUCAUUGGUAAUUAUUUUUCCUAGCCCAAAUUCCACGUCAAACACUAUCAAUAUUCUGGGGACCACCCUUUCAUACACUGCUCUGUACACAUAUCUGUUUAUACAUAUUUUAACAAAAGUGGAAUAUUUACAUACUGUUGUUAUCAUAGCCAAGCUCAACAGCAUCAAAAGCAUUUUUAGGUACUUAAUUCAAGUGGCUGUAAAAUUAAAAAAAAUCAUUUUUUCUGAUACUAUAUCAUCUUUGUACCCAUAUAUUUCAAUUUCUUGAAUGUUCAUUAAAAUUUUAUUUUUACUUUUUAUUCUUUCUUGAGACAGAGUCUCACUCUAUCACCCAGGCUGGAGUGCAUGGUGUGGUCUCAGCUCACUGCAACCUCCACCUUCUGGGUUCAAGCAAUCCUCCCACCUCAGCCUUCAGAGUAGCUGGGAACACAGGCGUGCACCACCACGCCCGGCUUAUUUUUGAAUUUUUUGUAGAGACGGGGUUUCUCCGUGUUGCCCAGGCUGGUCUUAAAGUCCUGAGCUCAAGCAAUCUGCCUGCCUCAGCCUCCUGAAGUGCUGGGAUUAGAGGCAAGCCACUGCGCCCAGCCUUUAUUACAAUUUUAAAUGUUUUUCUCUGUGUUAGCGAACCUUUGAUGGACUGUUUUAAACAGUGUUAAAGAGUGUUUAAAUCACUGUGAAAUGCACAUUCUGUCUUAAUAUUUAUAAUUAUUAGGGUACCUUCAUUAAUAGUGUACAUUGCAUAGUGCCAAACGAGAUCACCACAUCACUUCUAAAGGAUUCCUGGAAGUCUGAGUCACAAGCAUGAGACAACAGCUGCAGGACUGGGUGGUGAAGGUUGUGAAAACUUCCUGGCUUAAACAGGAAUUUGACCCAAAACAAGAAGUCUUAGGGAAGAUAGCUUAGGGCUUGUCUGGUGGCACAACAAUGCCAUCAAAUGCCCAGCCUCUUUACAGUUUUCUGCUCUGCCAUCCUUGGAAUGCAGGCCAUUGUUCUCCUGUUUGUUGUUUCAUGAGUGAACUAUGAGUGCUGUAGCUCUUCAUGUUCCUCCUGGAAGACAGGUGUAGGGCAAAGAUGAGCUCUGAUUCGCAGAGCCCUUCCAUCUACAUGCUUUCUUAGAAGCCUCAGCAAUAAGUUCAACAUUCAACUCAUUGGCUUGAAGUGUGUCAAAUGGCUGCCCCUUGCUUCAAAGGAGUCUGAGAAAAUAACUUUAGCUAGAAUUAAAGUUCCAUUAGAGUGCCUGGGUAGACAAAGAAGAGUCAGCUACAGAAGGCCAGUAUCAUAGCAAGUUGUUGCUCCAUGACUGGAAACAAAGAAGACUUCACUCUUUACUUCAGAUGCGCAGUUGAUAGAGUACAGCUAAGAUAUGGUACAUGUUCUACCAUGAAGAGCAAGGUGAGGGAGGGUACGGUGUAAGAGAUCCUGCUGCAUUAGCUGUUGAGAGGAAGAAUUUCCUCCUGGUCACUAUGUUACCGGGGGUCCUUGCUCCCCAAGUUCCCAAGAUGGUGGCAGGUCGCUUCCAAGAUGGUGACGGGCCACUUCCGAGACGGUGGCAAGUCUUGUGUUCUCUGACCUGGGGUUCUUGGCCUCAUGGAUUCCAAGGAAUGGAAUCUUGGGCCAAGCGGUGAGUGUUAUAGCUCUAUUAGAAGCUGUGGGUCAUGGAAGAGAAUCCUGGAACCCAGUGACUAGUGUUUAGCUAGAUUAGGACGAACCUGGGCACUUAGCCCUGCAGGAACAAGGGCAAGCCUUUAGCCCGAUCAGGAGCAGCAAUGGGCGCCUCGCUGGAUCUGGAGGGAUGGAAGUCAGCUGUGGGUCUGUGACAGCGGCAAACAGCAGUGGUGGACGGUGAGCGAAAGCUCAGCUUGAGCUGUGACACACACGUACCAGAAAAGUGUGCAGUUGAAAGAUUUAAUAGAGUGAAAACAGAGCUUCCAUACAAAGGGAGGGGACCCAAAGAGGGUAGCCACCACCGGCUUGAAUGCCUGGGUUUAUAUCCUGAUCAUUGUCCCUCCUGUUGUGCUCUCAGGCGAUAGAUGAUUGGCUACUUCUUUACCUCCUGUUUUUCCCUAAUUAGCAUUUUAGUGAGCUCUCUUUACUACCUGAUUGGUCGGGUGUGAGCUAAAUUGCAAGCCCCGUGUUUAAAGGUGGAUGCGGUCAAUUUCCUAGCUAGGCUUAGGGAUUCUUAGCCGGCCUAGGAAAUCCAACUAGUCCUGUCUCUCAGUCCCCCCUCUCAACAGGAAAACCCAAGUGCUAUUGGGGAGGUUUGACCACCGCUCUAACUGCUUCCUGCUGAAUUGGGGCAUAGUAGGGGUUGUGCAGUUGAGAUUUCCUCCGUAGGGGUGCCUUGUCUCUCAACUAAUUCAGUGGUGGCUACCUCGAAGCCCUUCUGAAGCUAAGAGGGAAAGAGACCAGCUCGCAAAGUCCCCUAUAUUAUCUACUCCUAAGUGGAAGCUGGGAGCUGUGAAAAUGCACAUCUAACAACCCUUAACUUACAAUACCGACUUCUAAACCACAGCAGAAAAUGAAGAAAAGGUUGGCUAUGGGCAAUAGACUCAACCUUUUGUUCCUAUGUCUAACCUAUAAAAUAGAAAAAUAAUACUGUCAUCCCUCAUCUCCCACCAUACUGAACACGCAUUAGGUGCUCAAUGAAUACUUGUCCAUUUUAGUGAAGAUUAAGAGGAAUGAGAUGGAAACUGACACUUGAGAGGCUGGCACACGCCAGAACUGCACCACACUUUGCACUCAUAGCUCAUUUACUCAUCAGCUUGUGGUCAGGGAGGCAUUACCGUCCCCAUUAGAGAAGUCAACGGAGGCCCAGCAAGGACGGCCAGGGUCCCCCAGAAAGUAGAGGACUUCAGGUUUAACCAAAAGCCUGUACUCUUUACGCAUGUACCCCAUGGCUUCUCCACCAAAGCUCCUGGCACCGUGCUUUGCAGACAGACGACGCUCAACACAUUUUGAGCAGAAGUGUGGUUCAGCACCAGGAAGGACACCAACUUUUGCAGAGACGACUCUUGGGAUGGAGAAAGACUUCCUAAAUCUUCAGGGUGCGGUCAAGACAGGGUAGGCUAGCGCCAGGGGAGCUAGUGGCUAGGCCCCAGGGCAGCUGGGGCCGAGGCCGAGCAAACGGCCAGGGGAGAGGCUCCCAGGAGCCCGAUCUGCCGCUGGGCGACGCGAAGCCUAGCGGCUGGAGUCUUGGGCAGCCCGAGCACGGCAGGAAAGCGGCAGCAGCAGGGUCGGCAAGGAUGGCGGGGACGGGGGAGGGCCAUGUGCAGGGGCGUGCCGCCGGUGACGCACUUCCGCCCUGCCUGUUCCGGCUUAAAGGGGCCCCAGACAAUCCUCACAAUAACAACAAAACCGGCGCGCCAGUGGUGGCGCAACGGCUCUCGUCCCCGCCCUCCUGCCACCUGCAGUCGCCUGUGCCGCCCCCGGCCCAGCCCUGCCUUGCGCCACCCUGCGCUGUCCAGACUGAGGGGUCAGGCGGAGAGCCGGGCCGCGCCCUUCGGUCAGCUUCUCUCCCUUUCACCCGCGCCUCCUCGCGAGACCCGGGGCUGGGCCGUGCCCGUCGCCGCGCAGCAGGAAGGGAGCGGCUUGCCACGGAGAACGCCCCGCCGGACGGUGUGGCUGGCGGCCCUGCCUGGGCGCGGAGGGCGGCGGUGGCGGGGCCCGCGGCCUUCUCUCAGUUGACGAAGGAUCAGAGAUUGGUGUAUUCGGGCAGACUGCUUCCCGAUCAUCUGCAGCUGAAAGACAUUCUCAGAAAACAAGAUGAGUAUCAUAUGGUUCAUCUAGUAUGUACUUCUCGGACUCCUCCCAGUUCUCCAAAAUCCAGCACCAAUAGAGAAGGUCAUGAAGCAUUGGCAUCCAGCAGCAAUUCUAGUUCAGAUCAUUCAGGAUCAACAACUCCAUCAUCUGGUCAAGAAACCUUGUCUUUAGCUGCGGGUUCUUCCUCAGAAGGAUUGAGGCAGCGUACCCUUCCACAAGCACAAACUGACCAAGCACAGAGUCACCAGUUUCCAUAUGUAAUGCAAGGAAAUGUAGACAACCAAUUUCCUGGGCAAGCUGCUCCACCUGGAUUCCCAGUGUAUCCCGCGUUUAGCCCACUGCAGAUGCUGUGGUGGCAACAGAUGUAUGCUCAUCAGUAUUAUAUGCAGUAUCAAGCUGCAGUUUCAGCUCAGGCCACAUCAAAUGUCAACCCAACCCAGCCUACUACUUCACAGCCUCUAAAUUUGGCACAUGUUCCUGGAGAAGAACCCCCACCAGCUCCAAACCUAGUGGCCCAAGAAAAUCGACCCAUGAAUGAGAAUGUUCAAAUGAAUGCACAGGGAGGUCCAGUACUAAAUGAAGAAGACUUCAAUCGAGACUGGCUAGACUGGAUGUACACGUUCUCACGAGCUGCGAUUCUCCUUAGCAUUGUAUACUUCUAUUCUUCUUUUAGUCGGUUUAUCAUGGUAAUGGGAGCCAUGCUACUGGUUUAUUUACACCAAGCUGGAUGGUUUCCUUUUAGGCAAGAAGGAGGUCAUCAGCAGGCUCCCAACAAUAAUGCCGAAGUUAACAAUGAUGGGCAAAAUGCAAACAACUUGGAACUUGAAGAAAUGGAGCGUCUUAUGGAUGAUGGGCUUGAAGAUGAGAGUGGAGAAGAUGGAGGUGAAGAUGCCAGUGCAAUUCAAAGGCCUGGAUUAAUGGCUUCAGCUUGGUCUUUCAUCACCACCUUCUUUACUUCACUAAUACCAGAGGGGCCUCCCCAGGUUGCCAAUUGACCUGAAAAAUUGUGCCAGCUACAAGGAGGGUCUGACUUCAGGAAAGUGGUUUAAAUAACAGUGCAAUUUCAAAAAAAUUUAUAACUUUCUUUUGAUCAUCAUGUACAGAGGUGUUUUUUUUCUUUAGGCUUCUCAUGCAUAUGAAUAUUUUAAGCACGAAUGGACUACUAAAUAUCUGAUUUUUUUUUUUUUUUUUAAGAUCCUAACAGAACAUAGCAUAACAAUAUUGGUCUUCCAGGUGUUACUCAUUUCAAUUAUGUGUAGUAUACCAGGACAGACCUAUUUUCAUGUCUUAUUUCUUUAAAGAGCUGCUUCAUUGGCCGGGCGCCAUGACUCACGUCUGUAAUCCCAGCACUUUGGGAGGCCGAGGCGGGUGGGUUACUUGAGGUCAGGAGUUCGAGACCAGCUUGGCAAACAUGGCGAAACCCCAUCUUACUAAAAAUACAAAAAAAUUAGCCAGGUGUGGUGUCACGCGCCUGUAUUCCCAGCUACUCGGGAGGCUGAGGCAGGAGAAUUGCCUGAACCCAGGAGGCGGAGGUUGCAGUGAGCCGAGAUUGGGCCACUGCACUCCACCCUGGGAGACAGAGUGAGACUCGGUCUCAGAAAAAAAAAAAAAGAGCUGCUUCACAUGUAAAUGUCUAUAGCUAGUAGCCUGGCCCUUUAAUGUUUAAUUUGAAUAAAUAUAUCUGUUUUCUGUGAAUUAUCUUGAAAGUUUUAAACAGAAUGACCUCAUAGUUUUUAAUAAAGAAUAUUAUUUACCUAAAAUGUUCUAGUAGCAUCUUGCCCAGCCAUAAAGCAAUAAACUUCUCAAUAAUCUUAAUUUUGAUAUUUGAAUAAAUAAUGGAAACUUUCUGUAUUAAGGGCAUGUAUCCCAUCAAUUGGAAUCAGUACCUUAACAGAAAAAGGCAGCUCUUCAAUGGAAUUAACGUGAUAUAAAAUGUUUGAUAUAGGCAGUACUUUUAUAAAAAAAGAUAAGCUGGAAAUUGCUCCGUGUAAUUUUUUAAAUAAAAAGUCAAUUAUGGUAAA